AUGGCUGGGCUGCCCUCCAAGGGGAAGCAGCCAGCGAAGACGCAUAAACCAUCACGAUUGAGGAACGAGGUACGCCCCGAGUCGACAGAUGAUGAGAGAGACGUCGAGAAGCACAAUAUCCAAGUACCCCACAGCGACUCGGUUAUCCCGGAUACCCAGCUUCAGCAAGAUGAACGCAUCGAUGGUGUAGGUCACCGCUUCGAUAAGCGUUCGGACUACGGAGAGGAAGUACCUCUCAGCCCCAACUCUGCUGACAUUAUCGAACGCAACGCGGUGAGGAAGAUGACAGAGGCGUUGGAACCUGCUCCGUUUACCAUCAAACUUUUGACCAAGGAGGGUUGCGGAUCGAGAGGAACUCCAGCGCCGUCAACAUCCUCCGCCUUCUCCUUUGGGCAGGUCAGAAAGGUGCAUAGCAAAACCUCCCCAAAGGAUGACCAAGCAAUCACAGACUCUGCCACUCAAGCAAAUCCAACAGAUGCUGCAGUGGGUCAUCUCGAGGGCCAAGCACUUGAUGGUGUGUGGCCUCUCGCAAAAUCUAAACUCGAGCCAUCAGGAGACAGUAUCGUUGCCAUGCCUGCAGCUCGCUCACCUCUAGUAGCUGUAAAUCAUACUCAACAAAAUCCCCCCAGUACGGACCGUCCACAGCCUGCAUACGAGCUACUACUUCCGUCUCAUAUGGCAACAACACCUUAUCACAACCUAAGUGCUGGCCCCAUGGGAUCUGAGCUCCCAGAGUCGAGGUCGAAUACACCACCUUCUGCGCAACCCGAUACAAGGCCUGUCACUGGCGCUAAGAAAACCCGUAUUGUCAAGAGGGCCAAGAAGGGCACGAGAGCUCUUCUCUCACAGGAACGCAGAGCGCCAUGGCCUCCACGACCGUACCACAUGACGGGCUAUCGAAGUCAAGCUUCCAGCCUUGUCAGCUUGCAUGAUACAGCUCCUGCUGACGAUCACGCCUUCCAAGAACAUGGCCCCGUUGUAGGAGACACUCAGACUAUUACCGCCGUCCCUGGUCAUCACGGAGACGUUCAAAAUCACCAUGGCUACGCGUCUCGCGCUGUUGAUGACGAUGGUUCGCAAUUUGGACUGAAUACUUUCAAUGCAUUACAACAUACGGCUCCUAUGAUCACUGCCGGCCUGCCGGUUGCCUCUUCUCGAUCGGGUUUACCUGUACCUUUGGAGCAUUCAUCUACCGUCUCAUUUGAGCAGCUAUCUAAGGCAAACUCAGAACAGGCGUUAGAGUGCGUUCCUGAGGAAUCCGCCACUCAAGUCUUGCCAGAGCAACAGUCAAUGAGAUCUCAACGGAAUGGAAGUGCAAAGUCGCGACUACGAAGCAUCAAUGCAUCAGAAGAUCUUCCCGGGCCUGCAAAUCGACUGGACCCUCAAUCACCGACUGAACUGGUUGCGACGCAGAAGCAGUUUCAGAGCAAAGAAGGUGAAGCUGUUCUCCACGACACCUCUACCCAAGGUGGGCCUCAUCGAGUGGGCAAGCCCCACAAGAAACCACGAGCCACGAACGGACUUUUGCCACACCGCGUCCAUCCUCCAUCCAUGUCUUCCGGUAUCGAACGCUCUAUGCAAGACUUACGCGUAGCACUCCUUGCUGAGCAAUUCCGUACUCAGCACGAGAAUAAAGCAACUACAAAGCAUCACGAGGAGACUAUUGGUAUGCUUCGAGAUAUGGUUAGCUUGCAAAACGAUACCAUCGCUGAAUCGAAAGAAAAGCAUCAGAACCUCGGUAAUGCUAUCAUUCGAAUGACCGAAAAGGCAAAAACAAAUCAGAAAUAUGCUGCUGGUCUUCAGAAAGAUUACGAGAAGCUACAGAAAUUGGUUACUUGUUUUCACGACCAGAGCAAGAAGACUUUGGAAGAGAAAAUUGCCGAAGUCGAGAGUGAGAAAUCCUCGCUUCGACGUGACUUUGAGGUUACACUCGAUGUACUAGUAAAGAGCCAGAAGAAUUUGAGGUCGACGGCUGAAGAUCUGUACGUGCGUCUGACCAAUUCCGAGUCGAAGAAGCGAGAUUUCGCGGAGUAUUUGAGCAAGCACACCGUCAUGUACGAAGAAGAGAGAAGGAGGCGCGUCGACCUGGAGAAACAACUUCUCUCGGCCGUCCAGAACACGCAGCGCCAACUCGGCGAUGUUUCCACUGCACUAACCGACAAGCUCGAGCUUCUUCAGACGGCCAUCGACGGUGUUGCUAUCGGCGACGAUCGGGAUGUUGGGAUCAAGGAGUGUCUGGUCGCCUUGAAGAAGCUUCAGGCUACCCCAUUCAUUACCAUUAAAGAUGUCCAGAAGGCUGAAGGGAUGCUCCGCUUCGUAGGCGAGCGCGUCGAUGCCGGACUCGGAACUCUAUCCAGUGCGGUGGAGAGCAAAUUGUUGCCCACUGACGAGAUUCAAGUUUGUGUCAAAACUGAAAUGCAGCACCUUCGCACAGAGAUACUAAAGUAUGAGGAUGUCCUUGCUGAGGACCGCAAAGCCCAAGAAUCGAAUGCUACCCUCAAGAAGGAGCUCGAAGCUCAAAAGAAGAAUUCUCAAGACUUAGACAGACAGAUCAGAGUUCUUCAACAGAAUGAAGCUGAUCUUGAAACACACGAAUCUCAACUUGAACGCGAGCUAAGCGAUAUGAGGAACACGACUCGCAACCAAGAGUCAGAAUUGGCAGAACUUGAACGAGGGCUGACUAACCUACGUCAACAAGUGAGAAAUGGAGAGGAUGAUCUACAGACGGCCAAUUCCAGGAUAGACCAGACGGAACGGCUCCGGCAGGAGCUUGAACAAGAGGCAGCCAAGUACAAGAAUUGGUACGAGAGUGCAAAAGCUAUGCUCCUCAAGAUUGACGCAUCUGCAAAACAGGAAAAAAAGACCGAGAAUGCGGCCGACUUGCGUGCGAAGAUUGUGGAGGAGUGUCAGAAGUCGAUGCAAGAGAGGGAGAGUGGCUUCAAGAAUGAGAUUCACCGUCUCACUAUCGAGUGUGACGAGAAAGGAGGGAAACUAGAUGAACAGCGGACGGAAGUAAGCGCCGCGAAAGAUCAACUCCAUACGCUACGGAAGAACGCCAAAAUCCUUAGCUCCGAGCUCACUACGACACGCAUUGAAAAGACAGCGCUGGAGAAGAAACUGGAAAUUGCAGGAAAAGCAGCAUUAAGAAGUGAUUCAACGUCUGCUGAAAUCAUAGGUUUGAAGGAAGAACUACGUCAAAAGACUGAGGAACUUCAGUCCACGACGCGCGACUAUGCAGCGUUGAAACAAACGUAUGCCGACCUAAGCAUUAAAGCGGCAGACCUUCAAGCCUCGUAUGACCAGUUGCAGACCCAAAUAUCCCAGCAUCUUUCAACGAUCGAUAACUUGCACCAGCAGACUGAGGACCAGAUUUUGGAGACGCGACAAAAUGCUCAGACAGCUGUACAAUUAGCUCAAGGCCAGAUUUUGACUUUACAAGAUGAGAAAGAGAAUCUCCGGUCUAUGCUUGAGCAAGCUACAUCCAACGAAGCGAACUUGAAAAAUGCCCAGGCAACGUUCUCCAUCGAACGAGACAAUUUUCACCAACAACUGGCCGAGCUUCAGGCUGCGAAAGAGUCCAAGGAUGCCGAAAUGCGUCGUGUUCAAGCUGACGCCGCCGAGGAAAAGCGCAAAUCCGAAGACGCUCAUUGCACGGAAAUCAAUGAUUGGAGUCGCCGCCUGACGCAUGCUGAUGUAGUGUUGAAAGAGGCUGAAGCAAAGCUUCGCCUCUCCGAAGCCGAACACAGUGCCAAACUCGAAUCGGAUCGUAAGAGUACGGAGAAAAUGCUACAACAGCUUCAUGAAGAGUAUGACCGGAAACUCCAAGAGGCAAACUCCCGAAAUGGCCCGAGCCAGAAGCACACAGCCAGAUCAUCGAACGUUGGGGAAGAAUCCUCCCGUUCGCUGCGGAGCAUCCAAGCUGGAAGCAACAGGAAGAAAGUCAAUCGCAAUAACCAUUCUGUACUCAACUUGGCUGUAUCCUCGGAUAUUCGGCAUGACAGCCACGUGUUCACGUCAAAUCUUCUCCAGCCUGAUCUUCCCCGUACACAGAGGGAAGAUUCGCAACUCUCGUUUAACCUGUUUGAAGAAAGGUCCCAGAACAUCCCCGUGGCUGGAGACUUGUUCGAUGACUACGGUCUUUCUGUCAUAGACCCUGCGGCCGAACCUGUUGCCGAGACUCAAGAGAAGGGAAGUCCAUUGAUGACCAUCGAGAAAUUCGGCGAGAGGAGCCAAAUGGCGCAUCACGAGACGAAAAGUCAGGACUCAAACUUGACUGACCUGUCCACAGUCAGCUCGGGGGAAAUGGCACAAAUGCAGGUAGAUGCGCAGCCUCUAUCGCCUCCAAUGCUCCGUGGCCAAGAUCGUAGCUCUCCCACAUAUAACCUGUCUCAAGGGAACGCAGAGAAGACUCCAAUGCGUUCUGACAACGUUUCUGUAUCUGGUUCCCGUUCAUCUCGCUCGCAUUAUCGUCCAAGAUCUCAAGCUAAUACAGCUUCCCGAAUGAUGCCUCCCCCGGAGGCUGUUUCUCCUCAUUUGGACACACGCAUCAAAUUUACAGCUAAACAUCCAAUGUAUGAGAAGUCGAGUCGGAAGCUUGUCAAUAACAGUGGUACGAGCACCCCAGAUUCUAUACAUCCUCCCUCAUCCGCCUCGAGGUACUCCUAUGGCCAUCAUGAUCCUCAGCUUCCAGGUCACAUCGAAGAAAGACAGGGCCCACCUCAGGCUUUGGGCCAGAGCUACAACCAGAAGCGAAAGAACUCCAUGAGCCAAACCGAGAAAGACACGGCUACUAAGAGGUUGCGCAUCUCCUCACAAUCUUACUCAAGGGAUCGGUCAUCUGAGCCGCGGACCAGCUCACCGUGUGUUCCUCGUUCACCAGUUGUAGGUCCCCGUUCGAACGUACAACACGGUCCAUCUUAUCCACGGGAAUCGACGCCUGCAGCAUCUCGUUCAAAGACCAAGCCUAGCUCGUCCAGAGUGCCACCUAGUAUGUCCAGUCGGAUAUCGCCUUCCAAUGACAUGUACCAGUCUCGCGGCCAACAGGCCAUACCAUCGCAAGCCAUAGACAGUGGUUUUACGCGUCGUACCUCUUCUCGGCUAACUAAGAGCAAGAGCCGAGGACAAAUUGGGACGUUCGAGGGUCGUUCCGGUCGCAAGCCGGGUAAGCGUUGA